AUGGCAAAGGAAUACAAGCUCAAGGACGUCUCGUCUCUCGCCUUCGCCCCGGGCACCAAGCGAGAGGUCGAGGUCGAGGGAAUCCAGGACGCAAAGGUCCUGCUUGUCAACGCCGCCGGCAAGGUCCAGGCCCUCGGCGCCAAGUGCACCCACUAUGGAGCUCCCCUAGCCAAGGGCGUUCUGACCACCUCGGGGCGUCUGACGUGUCCCUGGCAUGGAGCCUGCUUCAAUGCCACCACGGGCGACGUCGAAGACGCACCCGCUCUCGAUGCUCUCCCCGUCUUCCCCAUCACCCAGCGUGACGGAGCCUGCUACAUCACCGCCGACGAAUCCGCCAUCUCGGGCUCCCGUCGAAAGCCCAAUAUCCGCUGUGGCGCCGCCGCUGCCGGUGCGCAGGACGACAAGGUCGUCGUCGUCGGCGGUGGCUCAGGCACCAUGGGCCUCGUCGAAGGCCUGCGCGAAAAGGGCUUCACCGGCGCCGUCACCGUCAUCUCCAACGAGGGCUACCUGCCCAUCGACCGCCCCAAGCUCAGCAAGGCGCUCCUCACCGACCCGGCCAAGCUGGCCUGGCGCGACAAAAGCUGGUUCGAGAGCGGCUCUAUCCACUGGGUCGACGCCGAGGUCAGCGGCGUCGACUUUGCCGCCCGUUCCGUCAAGACCACGGCCGGCGGCACCUUUUCCUAUACCAAGCUCGUCCUCGCCACGGGAGGAACGGCGCGGACGCUGCCCCUGCAGGGAUUCAAGGUCCUCGGCAACAUCUUCACCCUGCGGAAUGUACACGAUACGAAGGCCAUUGUCGCUGCCAUUGGGGAAAAGGGCAAGAAGAUUGUCAUUAUCGGCUCCUCCUUUAUCGGCAUGGAGGUGGCCGUGGCAACAUGCAACGGCAACUCGGUGACUGUUAUAGACAUGGCCAAGACACCUCUGGAGCGCGUCCUCGGCGAGAAGGUUGGCGCCGGCAUCCAAAAGAUUGUCGAGGCCAAGGGCGUUAAGUUCCACCUGGGCGCCGGCCUCGACAAGGCCGAGCCAUCGACGUCAGACCCGUCCAAAGUCGGUGCCGUCUGCCUCAAGGACGGCACGAGGCUCGAGGCCGACCUGGUCAUCACCGGCGUCGGCGUGUCCCCCGCGACCGAGUUCCUGAGGGACAACAGCAUCCUCCGCCUGGAGCAGGACGGUUCCAUCAAGACGGACGAGAAUUUCGAGGUGGCCGGGCUCAAGGACGUCUUUGCCAUUGGCGACAUUGCCACGCACCCGUACCACGGGCCGGGAGGCGAGGGCAAGCCCGUGCGCAUCGAGCACUGGAACGUGGCCCAGAACUCGGGCCGGACCGUCGCGUCCCACAUUGUGAGCCCGUCGGGCAGCCGGCACCAGUUCAUCCCCAUCUUCUGGUCCGCACUGGGCGCGCAGCUGCGGUACUGCGGCAACACGGCCCACGGCUGGGACGACCUGGUGCUCCAGGGCGACCCCGCCGAGGCCAAGUUUGUCGCCUACUACACAAAGGGCGAGACGGUGGUGGCCAUGGCCAGCAUGGGCAUGGACCCGGCAAUGUCUCAGACCGCGGAGCUGAUGCGACUGGGUAAGAUGCCGAGCAAGAGCCAACUGAAGGGAGGGCUGGAUAUUAUGGACGUCGGGAUGCCAGAGUAG